UUUUGAAAUAUUUUAAAAUUCUAAAAUUUGUACAUGAUUUCUAUCGAUAAAUCACCAUAGAUGUUAUUUUAUUAAAGAUGGUUUGUCUCGGAUUACAGUGAUAGUUGAAGAUAACCCACUGGAAAAGGACUGAGGCGCACAGCCAAUAAGAUGAGCCAGUCCCUUAUACCUAUUGCUGGUCAAGGACGUUCUCCUGGCCAGCCUUCAAGGCUACUUGCCAUGAAGAGUGAAUAUCAGAAGAAAAUGGCUGAUGAUGUUGCACGAAGAAAAGAGCAAGAUGCUCGCAAUCGUCAACAGAAAAUUGCUGAGCGAUAUGAUGAUCAACAAAAUCGUGCAAUCACAAAAGUGAGAAGCAGCCCAGAUAGCAGGAAUAAAAAAGGUUCUAUAAGAGAAUUUUUUAACCAGAGACGCGAGAUUGAAAACUCUCCAAAUCAAACGAAUAACCAGAGUAGACAACAGCAUUAUAAAAGUGUAAAACAAGCACAUAAUCUAAUAAGGAACAAGCCACCAAUAUCUCCAGGAUCUGCCCAUAGUCAAGGCAUGGUUAAAAGAGACAGUGCAGGUCGGGAUCGUUCCAACCCCCUUGCCCCAUUAGACCGACACAACAGUGCCAGCAGUGAUGCAGGGAGCACAGACUCUGUUUCAAAAUCACCAUUUGUAGGUAAACCAAAAUUAGCUAGAAAACAGAGGACUGAAUCUCUAGAUCGGAAUCACAAAAAAGCUUUGAUUAAAAUAGGAAAAGACUCAUACCAUAGUGAUAGUGCAUUAUCUAGUCAUGAGCCAAAAUCUAAAGUGAAAUCAAGAGUUAAAUGCGAAGAAGUAUUUCCUGAUUCAAGUGACGAUGACACAGGGACACUAACUGACUACCAAAAAUGGCAACAAGAACAGGACCAGGAAAAGGCUGAACGUCUCAAAAAGCAUAAAGAGAGCAAAAUGAAAGAGAGACCUCCAUUUACAUUAGAUUUCACACAGGGUGAUGAUGCUGAAGGAGAUGAAGUGCUGGAAGUGGCCAGUGGACGUAUUGAUGACGCAGCUAGUGCAGAACUGAGUGGACGCAGUGAAGGGACCAGCAGUGUGGCCCUCAGGAACAAGGAACAAGCAGAGAGAUUGAAACGCCUCCAGGAGCAACAGGAAGAGCUAGACAGACAAACUAGAGAGGAGUUGGCCAAGAAGAAGCGCCAAGAAAAAGCUAGGAAAGAACAAGAAGAGCUAGCAAGGAAGUUAAAAGAACAAGAAGAAAAGAUCUUGGCAGAAAUAUCUAAAAGGCAGCGUGAACUAGAGCAGAUAAAAUUGGAAAGUACCAAUGAAGAAGAAGAGGCAUUUAAUGUUGGAGCUCAUACAAAGUUUGCCAAGAGAGAAGCUGAGCGAAGACGUCGUGAGGCUGCGUCACGUGACCAUGAGAGACAACUGGCAGAAGAAGAAGCAAGAAAAGCCCAAGAAGAAGAAGAAGCAAGAUGUGAGGAAGAAGAGGAGGCUAGAAGAUUAGAAGAGGAGGAGAGAUGGAGAUUAGAGGAGCAACAAUUGGAGGAGGAAAAACGAAGGAAGCUCCACAGAAGAAAAGAACAGGAACAACAGAGAUUUGCCGAAACCCCUGGACAACCUAACCAUCAUGCAGACUCGAGCCCACGAUAUGAAGACAGUCCACGUCGCAGUUCACGCACUAAAACACCAAAAGAUGUUUUCCCCACCAAGGCCAAGCCACAUCGUAAGAGACAGACACGCACCCAGGAGACUGAUUAUUAUGAUGAAGGAAACAAGACACAUAGGGUAGAACCGACACCACCCCCUCAACCUAAACAUAAUGACCCAAGUGAUAUAUACGCCAC